AUGGGUUAUGGUACUGUUCUCCAGGUUGUUUCUGGUGCAAAGUGGAUCAUUGUUAGUAGUGACAACAAGAGGCUCUUUGGCACUGAGGAUGCUUCUGAAGACUUGUUUGCUCUGGCAUAUCGGAAUGAUCCAUCAACACAAUUAAUAGUGUUGGAACCUGGGUUUUCCCUUGUCUUGCCACCAGGGACUCCUCACGCUGUUCUUUCGGUGAUUAAUGCCUCAAGUAAGAGAUCAUCAAAAGGAGGCAAGGGAUUGGUUGAAGAGGUGCAUGAUUUUGAGCCCUCUGGUCAUACAAGUCCUGGUGUCUUGAUGGUGGGGCACCAUUUCUACAACUUUGGUACCAUGGACCUUACACUUCGAGCCUUCUUGCUUCAGUGCAUAAGGCCAAAGUGGUCCAAUCAGGAAGAGACUGACAGCAUCAUGGUCCAUGGCCGGAUGCUGUUGCUGAUGCACCUCCAGGCAAAGCUUCUUCAUCCCCCAUCCCUACCUCCAACCAUUCCAGUCAGGUCAGGUUUGUCGCUGGUAUACCUGGUCCUUGAGCACAAGAAGUUUCACUUCUCAGCAGUGACCAAUGACUGCUCAUUUGGCCACUUUUGUCAUGCAGCAGAUGACUUUCUAAAGGACACAAAAUUGGUAUCCAAAUAUCGCCGCUUUGCCAGCAGCAUUGACUUGAUGCUUCAGCAAAACAAUAUUGUGACGACAAGUAGCUUGGAAGCUGAGCAAAGGGGUGAAGCGUAUGGUUCCAGAAUAGGACUGGAUUAG